GCCGCCGCCGCCGCCAUGGGGAAGAAGUCUCGCGCCGCGCCGGGCCGCCGGCCUAUCCUGCAGCUGUCGCCGCCGGGCCCGCGCCCCGGCGGCCGUGACGAGGCGGCGGCGACGCCGCCGGCUGAGGGGGCCGAAUCGGGCUCUGAGCCGGACGAGCCCGAGGUGGUGGCGGAGCCCCCCCGCAGUGCUCCCAACCCGCCGCCCGCCGGCCCCGCCGCUGUCAAGCCCACAGGAGGCUUGUGUUUGCUUGGUGCGUAUGCAGACAGCGAUGAUGAAGAGGGUGAAACUCCUGAGAAGUCGACACAUUCCACAGAUGCAAAUGGAAAUAAUUCAACAGACAUUGACAGCACGCUGGCAAACUUUCUGGCGGAGAUUGAUGCCAUCACAGCUCCUUCACAGCCUGCUGAGUCCACGGCUGCAGCCUCCGCUCCACCUCCCACACCUCCACGCCCCGAGCCCAAGGAGUCUGGGUCAGGUCACUCCUCAGCCACUGCCAACGGCACAGGCUCCGCUCAGGCCUCAGAGUGGCAGUAUGACACGCAGUGCUCGCUGGCAGGAGUGGGUGUAGAGAUGGGUGACUGGCAGGAAGUGUGGGACGAGAACACUGGCUGUUACUAUUACUGGAACACUCAGAGUAACGAGGUGACCUGGGAACUGCCACAGUAUCUCGCAACACAGGUUCAGGGUCUGCAGCACUACCAGCACAGCAGCACAGCGGCAGGUGCGAAUGGGAGUUUUGUAGUGACUACAGACCUGUACCCCCAGGAAAAAGGGGUUGCUACAGGCAGUGUGAGCCGUGGGGCCAGCCUUGCCAAGCGAGAGGUGAAGAAGGAAGUGAAUGAAGGCGUGCAAGCCCUCUCCAAUAGUGAGGAGGAGAAGAAGGGGGUGGCUGCAUCCCUCCUGGCACCUCUCCUGCCUGAUGUGGUGAAGGAGGAAGAGGAACGUUGGAGAAGAAAGGUGAUCUGCAAAGAGGAAGUUGAGCCACCUCCAGAAGAGGAAGCAAAAGCAGAAGUAGUGGCUGCCCCCAAAGAGUCGGAGCCUUGCAGGCAUCCUCUGGAAGACACACUGCAAGAGGAUCUGUGUAGUGUGGUGCAGUCAGGGGAGAGUGGUGAGGAAGAGGAGGAGCAAGACACCCUUGAGCUGGAGAUGGUGCUAGAGAGAAAGAAGGCAGAACUGCGUGCCUUGGAAGAGGGAGAUGGCAGUGUUUCGGGCUCCAGCCCGCUUUCCGAUGGGAGCCAGUCAGCCUCACAGGAUGCAACUCGCAGACUGGCCUCCAAGCGAGGGAAAUGGAAACUGUUUGUUGGAGCUGCCAGCCCAGAGUCUACUAGUCGAGGCUCCAGCAAAACGGGCCGAGACAGCCCAGAAGCUGGUGAAGCAGCAGCAAGCACAGAAGCAGCUGAUGAGAAUUCAGAAAAAGAGGCAGAGCCUGAGGAGCCCCAGGAGAAAGCAAAAGUCCAAGGGGCACCAAAAAUAGAAGAGGAAGAGCAGGACUUAAAGUUUCAAAUUGGAGAACUGGCAAAUACUCUGACUAGUAAAUUGGAGUUUCUUGGCAUCAACAGACAAUCUGUCUCCAACUUCCACAUGCUGCUGUUGCAGACAGAGACCCGCAUUGCUGACUGGCGAGAAGGUGCUCUCAAUGGAAACUACCUCAAACGCAAACUUCAAGACGCAGCCGAACAGCUAAAACAAUACGAAAUAAACGCCACCCCUAAAGGCUGGUCCUGCCACUGGGACAGGACCUCUGGAUCACCUCUUCUGACCAACAGCACUGACAAAGGACAAACUUCAACUCAUCGACGGAAUGAAGAACAAGAUUUCUCUCUCCUGCCAGCAGGGAGCAUAGACGCUAUUUCUAUGUUAACGAGCACUCAGGAGAGUCGCAGUGGGAGUUCCCCGACGGGGAGGACGAAGAGGAAGGACAGCAGACCACUGACAGAAAAGCCGACGGUCCUCCUAAACCACCUCCAAAAGAGAAAGGAGAGCACACCGGGGACUCAUCCGAGCACUCCGCAGUCCUCUGUCCCGGUACUCCAACCUCCUUUGCCUUUGGAAAUGCCUCCGCCGCCUCCGCCUCCACCAGAUUCGCCCCCACCGCCGCCGCCACCACCACCACCGCCUCCUGGAGAAGAUGGAGAGAUCCAGGAAGUGGAGAUGGAAGAUGAGGGGGGUGAGGAGCCACCCGCCCCGGGAACGGAAGAAGAUGCUCCCCUGAAGCCUCUUCUCCGCCCAGCUGUCAGCAGUGGCCAGGGUGCUAUUGAAACUAGCCCUGCCUCUCUGCUCUCUACCAAGUCUCAGAAGAGGAAAGCUGUGGAGAUGAGCCCGGGGUUGAUGCAACGAACAGCCACCAUUGGCAGCUGCCCUGUCAUCUACAGCCAGCCCCUCAUGGCUGCCAGCAAGUAUCAGCCUUCAGCUGUGCCCCUUGGCUCCCUGCGGCCACGGCAGCGCCUGCAAGGCGAGAUCCAAAGCCGCACCAACCUCCGCAUUGCUCCAGGGCAUGCAGGCCCUCAGCCUGCAGGACUGGGUCUACAGUCUGCCUACUUGGGAGUGACAGCACCCGCUGCACCUUCUGUCAUGAGCUAUUCGGAGUGUGCCAUGCCCGUUGGGCUUACUGCUGCCACCAUGCAGCCAGCCCCUGCACGAGGAGCCCUGCCUAUUGCCAGCACCACAGAGCAGCUGCCUCCCCCACCUCCUCCGCAGCCACCUCCUCCUCCUGCCCCCAAGGCUCUGCCACCGGAGAAACCAAGGAAAGGGAGGAAGGACAAGGGCAAGAAGGGUAAAACGAAGAUGCCGUCUCUGGUGAAGAAGUGGCAGAGCAUCCAGCGAGAGCUGGAUGAGGAAGAGAACUCCAGCUCCAGCGAGGAGGACCGGGAGACAACCGCACAGAGGCGUAUUGAGGAAUGGAAGCAGCAGCAGCUGCUGAGUGGUAUGGCAGAGAGGAACGCCAACUUCGAGGCACUGCCAGAAGACUGGCGAGCGCGGCUGAAGCGGAGGAAAACCACUUCAAGCACAUGAGGCGCGCGGCACUAUUUUUUACAGAUGUACAGUUUAGACUUGACUGUUGUCCAAUAAAUUGUAGCAGUUUGGGA